UCCUUGGUUUCCCCGUUAGUCUGCACAACACUUUACUGAACUUUUGAAAUCGUUUCGAGCAGGUUGUGUUUCUGACCUAACGAAAAAUAUUAAAACAAUUGAAGCACGAUGUCUCUUUUAACUGGCAGUGCCAAUGCGGUGAAGUACACCCUAUUUGGAUUUAAUUUGAUCUUUUUGAUCACGGGUAUUAUUCUGAUAGCUGUUGGAGCCGGAGUGGGAGCGGUUUACACAGGCUAUGAGCUCUUCUUAGCCGGAAAGUUCUUCUCGAUCCCCACAUUCUUGAUCGUGAUUGGAGCAUUUAUCAUCGUGAUCACAUUCUUCGGAUGCUGGGGAGCACUCAAGGAGAACUACUGUCUGGUCCUAAGCUUCUCGAUCAUGCUGGCCAUCAUCUUCAUCCUGGAGCUUGCAGCUGGAAUCAGCGGCUACGUUCUGCGCAGUGAUGCCUCUAACCUAAUCGAAAAAUCGCUUAAAGCUUCGAUGGCGGAAUACAACAAUGCCACACAAAACCCAACCACGGCUCUUUGGGACGACGUUCAGCGAAGUUUCGACUGCUGCGGCGUUACCAACUACAUGGACUGGAAGGAGAAGUUCCCUUCAGGAGAACUCCCCAUUUCGUGCUGCAGUCCCGUAGUGGGACAGGUGGGCAUCCUUUCUUGCAUGAAUGAUGUGGCGAGUACGGAAGUCCGCCAUGUCGAUGGUUGUCUCGGAGGUUUCUCCAAUUACAUUGCUGCGCACGCAGUCAGCUUGGGAGCUGCUGGCGUGGUCAUUGCCAUCCUGCAGUUCUUCGGCGUCAUUUUCGCCUGCUACAUAGCUCGGGAGAUCAAGAUCCGUAACGGCAUCACUGGUUUUAUCUAAGCUCCAUUGUAAGAGUUUCGUCACAAAAGCUGAGUGCUGACCUAUACGUUUAAGGCUUGACUAGAACCUUAGUGCUACUUUUGACUAUUAUUCUGAUUAUAUGACUUUGUAUAAAUAAAAUAUUGGUAACUUAAAUGUACCUUUGAAAAAUGUA